AUGAUCGACUACCUCAACUUCGUCAAGCCGUGGGACGAGCAGUACCGCCACGACCCGCUCACAAACAUCAAGCAGAUGAAGUGCUGGCGCGACUGCUACAUCAAGUCGGGCGCGGUGGCGCCCGAGGUGUGGCCCGGCAAGGUGAAGCACGACGGCCACACCAUCAGCGUGAGCGACAUCUGGUUCGUCGCCCACCACCUCGGCAAGAUGUGCACCAAGGUGGGCACGCUCGAGUCGAUGGUCGAGGGCGGCUGCGUCCUCUCGGACGGCUCCUUCCUCCCGGCCGACAUCGUGGUUGGCUGCAUCGGCUUCACGCGCAACACGACCUUCUGCGAGCAGCUCACCGGCCGGACCGUUGUGAUGCACUCAAACUACCUCGACAAGAACAUGAUGUACCUCGCCGACGCCGAGAUCGACGAGACGGCCUUCAACUCCUUCUUCGGCUCCUCCGUGCUCGAGUACGCAAAGUUCUACACCAACACCUACGUCCAGGCCUUCGAGCGGCCCGACGCGCUCGGCUCCAUCCUGUGGGGGGCCGCCGUGAAGCGCACGCCCGUCUCGCUGCGCAAGUGGACGCAGUACAUCGCCGUCGCUCAGGAGCUCAUCGAGAAGGACACCACGAUGCGCGGCCUCGCGGCCGACCAGGUCCGCGAGCGGACGAAGCACUUCUACCGCACCAUGUCGCCCGAGGCCUUCCUCGAGGUCAACCGCCUCGAGUGGGAGGAGCUGCACGAGCGGCUCAACGGCAGCCCGGUCAGCAAGGACAAGCAGCUGCCCUACCUCUUCGGCGCGGCGCCCUCGUGGUGCGCGCCGGCGAACGAGGUGCUCCCGUGAGUGGCUCAGAGGCCCUCGGAGUGGUCCCACGCCAGAGCGCCAGCCGGUCGGAGCGACUUUGGCGCUCAGCGCUCUUGUACCAUGAGUACGGUACGCGGACUCUCGUUAGUACGUACCCUCCAAGUGUUCGAAUGAGAUUGGAGAUUG